CUGAGCUAGUGCUUCUGAUGCCAGUUAGCAGAACAUGACACAGUAGAUAAUGUCAAAAUAUGUAAAUUUGUGAUAUAAUUUGGGAGACAUAUUGGUUGUCCCUAGUGGAAUAAUGAUACACCACGUGUGGGUAUAAGGUGAUGUGGGGUUAGACUGGUGAGUGUGGAUAAUAUCUGGUGAGUGUGGGGUAAGAUUGAAUGAGUGUGUGUAGUAUUGGGUGAGUGUGGUCUAAGAUUGGGCAGAGAUCAGGGUAGUUUUUUGGUGUGAUGCUGGGUGAGGGUCAGCGAAACUUUGAGUGGAAGUGAGUGUGGUCUGGGCUAGUGGUGGAUUUGGGUGGUAGGGGUUGGUGAUUGUGGGUUAAUAUUGAGUAGAAGUGUGUGUGGACUGGGUCAGUGGUAGUUUUGGGUGUUAGGGUUUGGCCAGUGUAGGGUAAGAUUGAAUGUAAGUGAGUGUGGACUGGGCCAGCGGUAAGAUUAGGUGAGUGUGGGAUAAGAUUAAGUGAGUGUGGGAUAGGUUUGGGCAGAGGCUGGGGUAGUUUGGGUGAGUGUGGGGUUAGAUUGGGUGAGUGUGGGGUAUGAAGAGGCAGAGGCCGUAGUAGUUCUGGGUGAGGCUGGGGUAGUUUUGGAUGAGUGAGGGGUAAAGAGGAGGUGUCGGAGGGGUUUUUAGUGUUUAGUAAAGGCUGUUAAAGUUCCCAGCUCUGAAUGGCAGCUCUGCAGGUGCGACGUGUGUAUGAUGACUGUGUGUGUGUGUGUAUGAGUGAAUAGGCCCUGACGUGCCCCCUAGACUUUGCCUCCCCUCCGUUCUCCUUCUUAAUCCCACCGUAAUCCCAUUAUGCAAAUCCCCCCAAAACGCACCAAGAGACUUUUCACACAGCCUCAAAAACAACACUCCAGCGCUUAGAGGAGAAUCGCUUCAGCUAGACAGCCGCUUCAGAUCUGAGAGCGGGCUGAACGAGGGAGACAGUCAGGGAGAGAGAGAGGGGGGAUAUUUUGGGGACCCCUGGGGGACCCCUCAGCCAAAGAAUUUGUCAGCCCUCAGGCUUGUGUCUGUGUGUUUUUUUAUGACAGUGUAAUUUAUGUGUGGCCUCUGGACAUGCUAAACGAGAUUACCACAGGGCUGACAAAACCCAGAUUGUAAACUUGUCAGUGGGAAUAUGCUUCUUCACCACGUCUCGGCCAAUCGGCAGCGCUUAGAUUGUGAUGUUACUGUUUCUGCUCAGUGCUCCGCUGACACAGCUCAUAGCAGGUGGACGAGUAGCGAGUAAACGUAUAUAAACAGAAACUCUCUUGCAUUAGACCUGAACAACCGAACAACACUGAUUCGUCAUGGCUUACAAGGAAUGUUUGGUUUGAGCUAAAAUGAUAGCUUUGAUAAAUUUCAUUCUGUUUUAUUACAAAUUAUAAAUACUAUAAACUAUAAAUGCAAAAUUUGGCCGAUCUUUUUCUCUUUUUGCCUUCAAAUGUCAAAAGCAUUAAUUCUGUAUGAAUGUUUGUAUGUAAGUGGCCUUUAAAUUGCAGCAGUGUCAGGUGUUUGAAUUAAAACUGUAUAUUUGGUAUUUUUAUUAAUAGCAGGUAUAAUGAGUGAAGUCGGCAGUGAACUGAAUAGUGACCGAUUUUUAUUAGUCUUUUUCUUUUGUUUGGCCACCCAAAGCUCACACUGGGCUAAAUGAACCCAUGAAAUGUGAAAUGAAAAAUCAGAUGCCUAUUUAAAACGGGAUAAGAUAAAGUGCUGCAUUGAAAGUAAGAGGUGACUUGUUUAGCAUAAUGAGUCAUUUAUAAAUGUGAUAUUAUAUUUUGUUGCAGGUGUAGCAGCGGCAUUCAGAUACAGCUUGACCUGUCUCAUACCAAUACCAUACCAUACCUCUUACCAAUGAGUUAAAACAGUUUUAAUGGCCAGGGUAACGUGUUAAAAGGGCUUUGACAGGUGUUGAGUAUUUAAAGGGAAUUAUUGGCAGGUGUAAAUAACUCCCUCUCUACUGCAGACUGCCAGCGUCACAGCAUAUACAAUACAGCUGUAAAAUACAUAAGCCUCCACUCGUGUUGUCCUCCCCCCGUCCCUCACUCCCCUCCUUUCUCUCCUCCUCUCUUCUUCCCCUCCCUCUCCCUCUCCCUCUUAUUCACUCCUUUCUGUGAGAGCAUCUUGUGAGAGAGCUCAGAGAGGGGCUGAAUCUUGGACUGAAAGGACACGCUGGACCGCAGUACUCUGACUAAUCUUCUACUCUAGUGCUUUAACAGCAACUCUACUGCAGCUCCGCUUAACAAAUAUCAUUGUUAUCCUUCUUACGCAUUCUGGAGGGAUCACGCGUUUUCUGAAUCAGGAUACUCACAGCCUCAGCAUCAUGACCCGAAAAGUGUUCACCAACACGCGUGAGCGCUGGAGGCAGCACAAUGUGAACACGGCGUUUGCGGAGCUGCGGAAGCUCAUCCCGACGCAUCCACCCGAGAAGAAGCUGAGCAAGAACGAGAUCCUGCGGCUGGCCAUGCGCUACAUCACCUUUCUGGUCACGCUGCUGGAGAAGCAGCAGGGCGAAGGUGCCGCAGCAGCUCACUCUCCGGCCGCCCUGCUCACGCUUAUCACAGGGAACAUGCAGAACCUCCGCUCGGACCGGGCCUGGACCAGCGACUCUGACCCACAGUCUCCUGGCUCCAGCAGCGACAGCACAGAGUCCUGGUAGAACCUGCUGCUGCAGCAACAUGGGAAAUCAAGAACAGUUUUUACAGAGAAAAUCCAGAAUGUCUGCUGAAAAUUACGCAGAGGGAAUUUAGAACGACUGCUGUGAUUUUACAGAGAGUCUAGAACAUCUGUAAUUUCACAGAAUUUAGAGCGUCUGCUGUAAUGUCACAGAGAGAAUCUAGAACAUCUGCUUAAUUUUUCAGGAAAAUCUUGGAUGUUUGCUGUUUUUUCACAGAAAGAAUCUGAAACCUCUGCGGUAAUUUAACAAAGAUCUAGAGCAUCUGUCAUUUCAGAGAAUCUGGAAUGUCUGCUUUAAUUACGUGGAGAGAAUCGAGUAUUCCUGCUGUAGUUUUACUGAGAUUGUAGGAACGUCUGAUGUAAUUUUACAAACGCUAUCUAUGGUUGUUGUGAUUUCAAGGACGUAAUCUGGAACGUCUGCUGUAAUUUCACAGAAAAACUAGAACCUCUGCCUUGCAGGAAAACUAAUGUGUGAGUAAUCAAAUAUGAAUCCAGAUCUAACCCAGAUUUUUCUAAAAACUAGGAAUUAAUUGAACCUGAGUAGCCAUUGUUAAAUUUUCAUUACCAAACCCUCAAUAACUGGAAACAACUGUGACCUAGAUGGGCAGUGUCUAUGACUACAGCCUCCACAGAAAAAGCAUCUGAACUGAAAUGGACACAGGUGCUGCUUUCCGCUUUUGAAACCGAUAAUGCUGGUGAAACAGAGGCUGUUAAUUUGGUUUACUUUCAGAAGCUGAAAGAAAACCUCCGUGAUUGCCGUGCAGAAGCUUCAUACAGCAUAUGGGUUUGUUUGGAUGACGUGGACAUUGUUCCACUCAGGAUUUGUCAUUUUGUUUUUAUGUUAUUUAUUAAUUGUCUUUUUUUGGCAUAAUUUAAAAAAUAAGAGCAGUAAUAACUAAAAGGUCACCUUCCCUAUUUUGGUCUUAAAGAUAUUACUGGCUUUUUAUUUAUUUCUUUAUCAGAUGGUCAGGACUGUAUAACUGACAACACCUGUAAAUUAUUCUUUUUCUAUUUAAAUAUUUGUUAACUUAUUGAACACAGAUGUUAAUUUAUUGAUUGUUCAGCGAACAUGAAACGUAGCCAAAGAUUGUUAAUAUUUUUGUGCAAGCUGUAAGCUUUUGCAUGGUAGAAGUGAUGUAUCACUCUGAGUUUUUGUCUUCCUUGGUAUGUAUUAUUUAUUGUAUUAA